AUGCAUCUUAUGUACACCCUCGACCCCGCUGGCAAGCGUGUUUACACCUUGAAGAAGGUCAUGAACGGCGAGGUCACCAAGUCUGCCCACCCCGCUCGCUUCUCCCCCGAUGACAAGUACUCUCGUCACCGUGUCACCCUGAAGAAGCGUUACAACCUUCUCCUCACCCAGCAGCCCGACACUCCUGUUAAGGCUUAAAUUGAUCGAUACUGGGGAAAAUGAAUUACCG